UUAUUAGUUAUUACAAUGUGUCAUAAUUGAUUACUGAGAGUGAUAAUAAAAAAUAAAUACUAGUAUCAAGUAUGUAAGAGCGGUCAAAUAUUACCUCGACAUUACUGAUAAUAAGAUUUGGACAAAUAUCUUGGUUCUCAUUAUAUAUUAAUAUUUAAAAUGUUUUGCAUCAUCCAAAAAAAUAUCAUCAGGCCUUCAUCAAUUUUAACUCGUCAUAUGCACAACCAAUACGUGUUAAUGCAAGAAAACAAUGGUACGCGAGAAAUUACGCUGAAUCACGAAAAAACAAAAAAUUCACUGUCACUAGAUAUGAUGAACAGCCUUAUAGAAGCAUUAAAUCUCAAUAAAGGAGAUACUUCGUUACGAGCUAUUGUUUUAUCUGCAAAGGGUAAUGUUUUUUCCGCUGGUCAUAAUUUAAAGGAAUUACAAAUUUCAUCGGAUUUAGAGAAACAAAAAUUAAUAUUUCAAAAAGCCACUGAAUUGAUGACUUCCAUUAUUCAAAGUCCAGUUCCAGUUAUAGCAAAGGUUAAUGGAUUUGCAGCAGCGGCUGGGUGUCAGUUAGUGGCUACUUGCGACAUUAUAAUUUGCUCUGACAAAAGCAAAUUUUCAACCCCAGGUGCUAACUUUGGUAUAUUCUGUUCGACACCAGGAAUUGCUAUCGGCAGAAGUGUCCCUAAGUCGAGGGCUAUGUAUAUGUUGUUAACUGGUGAGCCCUUAAGUGCUCAAGAAGCCUAUGAAAGUGGACUCGUCACAAAAGUUGUACCUGCUGAAAAGCUUGAUUCUGAAGUUAAUGAAACUGUUGAACAGAUUAAACGUAAAAGUAGAAGUGUAAUAUCACUUGGGAAAGAGUUUUUCUACAAACAGAUUGGUCUCAAUGUUAUAGAUGCGUACAGACUGGGUGAAGAAAUCAUGGUCAAGAAUAUAAACUCACUUGACGGACAAGAGGGAAUAAACAGUUUUGUAGAAAAACGUAAAGCUGUAUGGAAUCACAAGUAGACUAUUUUGUUACAGCUUUUUAAUUUUCAUGCAAAGAAUUGUUUCAUAAAAUUUUUACAAGGAGUUUUUUAUGUGUUCAUAAAAUAUAUUUUAAAAUAUUCAAAA